CGAAAUAAAUAAAUAAAUAAUGAAAACUGAACUAUAAUACACUGUGUUUUUUGGCAUAUAAUAAUGUACAGAUAACAUCAAUCAAAUGUGAUCAUAACAUUAUAUGCACGUUGGAUAUUACGAAUCUAACGUAUGGAAAACAGUUGCACAACAUUCUCAUCACAUUCCACCAACCUUGGCUUUGCUCUCAACACAACGUUGUCCUCACGUAUGACUUCCGGCCAUUUAAAAAGAUGUGCACUUUUCAAUUUUAACAGUGCUACAACAGUUUUUUUCCGGUUGGGGUACGAGCUAAGGUGCAGUCGUUCAUAGAUGCGAAGAAACUUCCGGUUCGCCUUCAGCUCAAGGAAUGUUACGAUUGAUGAGAGGGUAAAAUUAUUCUAAAAUGGGAUUUAUUCAUUAUUUGGCUUAUUAUGGGGAAAACUAUUAUUGUGGGGACUAACUUAAUACUACUGAACUUCCGGGUUUCAAAGAAUUUUUUAUUCAUGGAGUUUAACUCAAUUUGUAUAUAAGCGUCAAAACGAGCUGUGUGACUUGUAAUAUUUAAAAUAAAUAAAACUAAAAUGAGAAUUAAGAAAAAAAAAUUCAUUUUGCAACAAAUUUAGUGAGUCAAGUUUCAUGAAAUUAAAUCGCACAUUUCCCCAAAGAUUUUCCAUGCCACGAAACUCAAAGUCAGCUGCAAAGAGAAAACAAAACAUUCAACGAAAGCAAAAUCCAGGUAGUCGUUAAUUAAUUAACUAAUUAUAUUUUAACUCGGCUUGUUUUAUCGUUCCAGCAGACUAAUUGAAGCCUGACGAUUGACAGUUUUAAUAACAUGGCCCUCUCUAAAUUAGAUUCACCUUUAAUUUGUGGGCCGGAAGAAAUCAACAUUGACGACAUUGACCUGGAUUCUACAGCUUUUACUUCAGAACUUGACCUCCAUGUCGGAGAUUGGGACAGCACUCCAAUUCUGCGUGCCCUUGCAAACUCCCACUUUCCCAACCUCACCUCCAUUAAAUUCAAGUCCAACGGGAAAUAUCAGGAUAAAUUGGGAUUAGUGGCGUGUCAGAAGUUUUCUGUGCGAUCGACCCUGACCAAUAUCGCCUUCCAGAUGACCAAGUGUUCUUUUUUGGUGGCAGCUAAAGCCAAUUAUGAGUUAUUAACGUCCAUGUGUCAAGCAUUGAUAGGUGCGUGUCCAAAUUUAGAAAAUUUGCUCGUCUGCAGCAGUUUUUACCCGGAUUUGACCAACUGUACGAAAUUGCAAGUCUUUAAGUACACCUUCUUUCAGAAUUGGAAAGUAAUCGACACGUCAUCUGUUAACACAAUGUUGUCCGGGCUUCCUGCCUCGGCCCGAGAAUUGGACAUGGAUUACGUCAAGAAAUACGACGCAACUUACCGAAUCCGUCCGAAGGUUGGAAAAUAUGAUAUCAUGUAAAAAAAAAAGUUAUU